AUGAGUGUCAUACACGAUAAUCCGGAACCUGGAGUUAUAGAUACGGAUCUAUUAAAGAAUUUGGUUAUGCAACAAGCACCUGUCGGAGAAGCCGGAAAAGUAUUUUUGAGAGAUGGAAUAGUUUUGGAGAAAGUUCACACAAUUCGACUAGAGGACCUGAAUAUUCUUAGAAUCGACAAUUUAUGGAUGAUGACAUCCCUAGUGAAACUGCAACUUACAUUAAAUAUUAUUCAGAAGAUAGAGAAUUUGGAUGCGCUUGUAAAUCUGAAAGAGCUGGAUUUAUCUUUCAAUCAGAUCGAGGUUUUAGAAAAUCUGGAAAAACUUACAAAGCUUGAAAUACUCACAGUUUAUGAAAAUAAUAUUAAAAAAGUAGAAAAUAUGGACCAGUUAAUCAAUCUAAAACUGUUUAGCAUUGGAAGAAACAGAAUAGAUGGCAGAGAUAGUGUUGUGUAUUUAAGGCGGUUUCCUCUGUUACGAUCUCUUACAAUGGAAGGGAAUCCAUGUUCACAAGAAGAUGAUUUCACUGAAUACAUUUAUGCGUGUCUUCCAAUGCUAAUGUACUACCAUUACCGAUUUAUUUACCCACAUGAAAAAGAAGCUGCCAAAAAAAAGUACAGCAAUGUUCUCAAAGAGCUUGAAGAUACAGAAGCUGAAACAGCAGCCUACAUCAAACUAAGGGAGGAAGAAGAAAGGAAGCUCAAAUCCUACACAGCAGCAUUUGUAGAGUAUUUAGACAGUGAUCAGCUCUUUAGUGCUUUAUUUGAAAAUGAUGGAGAUGGUCAAGCACUCCUGAAAAUGGAUGACGAAGUUGUGGAAGUGUGUAAUGAAUUUCAUGAUGAGUUUUGUGCCAUUACGCAGAAAUUGUUUGACCUGGGUCUGAAACAGUAUAAGAUCAGGGAAGCUGAAAUAGAACAGUUCAGUAGAUGUGUGGAAGAUGCCAAAGAUAAAAAUGCAAAACAAUUAGAAAGGGUUAGGGAUACCUUCACUGAAAAGAAAGCAUUGAUAUAUAUCAACAUGAAAGCAGCUAUUAGAGCAAUAGAAAAUUGUGAGUGUGAUGCAAAGGUGUAUUAUGCCCAAGCACAGAAGUGUACAGAAGAGUUUAACAGUAUUUGCCAUUCAGCAUUCACAGAUUUUAUGGCUUCAGAGCUUACUUUGAAUAAUCAACUUGAGAAAGUGAAUAAAACUUUUGAAAACAAUCUUAAUCAACUGGUGGAAGUGUUUAUCAGGGAUGCUCAAGCUCUGUUCAGUGAAUGCUGUAACAUACAGAAGAUAUUUAGUGAACGAUUGGCAGAAUAUGCUAACUGUUAUCUUACCAAUGCAAUUGUUAGAGCUGAUGAUCCAACAUUUUCAUUGCCACCUGAACUGAAGUCGAUAAUGAUUGACAAAGAAACACUGAAUAAAGCAUCAAAAAAUUCUCAUGCAUAUCACAUACGCAUAAUUAAUGAACGUGAAGAUACACUAGUAGAAAGGGCAAAGCAGUGGGCUAGAAACAUGUGCAGAGAAAUUCAUAGGGAGGAAAUAAGACGAAAUAGGUCAAAAAUUAAUGAGUUCAACCAUUUCUUUGAAAUACAGAGACAAGAAUUUGAAGAAUUAGCUUAUCAGGUUUUUAAGCAUGAAGAAACUUCAGAAUCCCAUGAAAGUCACUGUCAGGAUUAGGCGUUCCUUUUUCUGAAGAACCCAUUGAGAAGAAGAACACUCGGGUGUGUAACAAGCCAAGGUAUAUAUUAAAAAAAGACCAGGUAAUUGUAAAAACUUAACAUGUACACAGUAUUUUUUU